AUGAAGUUAAUAAAAAAGACCAUCGAGCGCGACAUGACCGGCUCCAUCAUCCUCUUCCCCGAAGAGCCCGAAGACAUGUGGCACGCCUUCAACCUGAUCCGCCCCGGCGACCGCCUGCGCGCCAACGCCGUGCGCCGCGUCACGCUCGAGUCCAAGACAGGCUCGACACAGUCGCAGCGCAUACAGACGGUGCUCACGAUCCAGGUCGACAAGGUCGACUUCGACGCGCAGGCCGGGCAGCUGCACCUCAACGGGCGCGUGUGCGAGGAGAACAAGCACGUGGCCGUCGGCGUGCACCACACGCUCGACCUGGAGCUGUUCCGCAACUUUACGGUCAUCAAGGCCGAGUGGGACUCGGUCACGCUGGACAUGGUGCGCGAUGCGUGCGAUGCAAAGGAGAGGAGCGAGAUUGGCGCGGUGGUGCUGCAGGAGGGGCUGGCGAAUGUGUGCUUCAUCACGGACCACAUGACGAUCCUGCGGCAGAAGGUCGAGGUCCCUGUGCCGCGGAAGCGGAAAGGCAUAGUCUCCAACUACGAAAAGGGCCUCGAAAAGUUCUACGAAGCCACCUACCAAUCCCUCCUGCGCCACUUCGACUUCACCGCGCUCAAAGUGAUCCUCCUCGCCUCCCCCGGCUUCGUCGCCGAAGGCCUGCGCGACUACAUCUUCGCCACCGCCCUGCGCACCGACGCCAAGCCGGUCCUCGUCGCCAAGCCCAAGUUCGUCGUCGUGCAUUGCGCCUCCGGCCACAUCCACUCGCUCAACGAAGUCCUCAAGUCGCCCGCCGUGACCGCGAAGCUGACCGACACCAAGUUUGCGCGCGAGACGCGGGCCGUCGAGAAGUUCUUUGUGAUGAUGAACACGGACGAGGCGCGCGCGUGGUAUGGGCCGCGCGAGGUGGCGCGCGCGGUCGAGAAGGGCGCGGUGGGCACGCUGCUGGUGAGUAAUAGCUUGUUUAGGAGCAACAAGAGUGGCAUACGGCUGGAUGGGCUGGGGGGCAUUGCGGCGAUAUUGACGUUUCCGUUGGAGGGGCUGGAUGAGGAUAGUGGCGAGGAGGAGGGGGAGGGGGACGGGGAGGAGGAGGAGGGAGAGGGACCUGAGGCUGCGGCGGCUGCUGCUGCUGCUGCUGCUGGUGGUGGUGGUGGUGCGAAUGGCGGGGAAAUAGGGCAUUGA